AUGGCGGGAGUUCUCAAGAACGUUUUUGGCGGCGCUGAGCCUUCCAACUCGGCUGGACUAGAAGAUGGUGGUUUCGCCGACUUUGUCGAGGCGCCCGAGCCGUCUCCCGCUCCUAUCAUGAACACCCCAUCGGCACCUUCGCUAGGCCAAAAUGGUGUUGAACCCGUCGUGUAUACGAAAUGGUACCGGGUAUGGGAGCGCACAUCCCCGAAGGACUUCAUGCAAGAGGCGAUGGUAAUGCCAAUUAUCCUGUUGAUCGUCAUCUUCCAUUUCUGGGGUACCCGUAAGAACCGACGGCGUGCGACUGAAUGGGCCGCGGCUCAUGCCUCCGCUCUCCGAGACGAGUUCGCGGUAGUUGGAUUUGAUGGCAUUCAGAAACCCGAAGAGUCCAUUUCUGUGGAAAUCUCGACUCCUCACUCGAUUCUGAAGGAGAAGUCGCCCCAGGAGUUCUCCACCUACGCGACUGGCCGCCAGAACGUCGCUUUUCUUGAUGUUGCGAUCAAGAUGCCCAAGCGCGCCAACCCGGUGACUUACUGGAUGGACCAGGUGUUUGCUUUCUUCUUUGACAGCUGGCCGUCGCCCGAGGAGACCUUCGAGGCUACCGCUUACACUUUUGAUGGUAAGGAGAAGGAUCUUGUUCCGGUUCCAGGCAAGGAUACCUCAGCCCUCAAGGUCAACAACUCGACCUACGACGGCUUCAUCUUCGCAAUUGUUCACAAGAGCCACAUGCGUAAUUUUCGCAACGAUAGAUACGAUGCGUCCAUUACCUUCACCCGGGAUAACGCCAAGCUGCCCCAGUGGGUGACUGUUAUGACCGAGAACGCCGAGAUAACCGAUACCCUCCUCACCCCGGAGCUCAUCCAGGCCGUGGAGCAGGCCGGAAACAACUUCAAGUAUUUGAUUGUCACUGAUCAGCCGGUCGACAAGCCCACCAAGAUCGAAGAAACUGCCCCCCGCAAGCGUGUCCAGCUCGUCGGAUCUCUUUCCUCUUCUUCCUCGGGAUAUGCCUCUACCUUGCCGCUAUUUACCCAAUUCCUGCGGUUCCCUGACCGUCUUGUUAGCCUUGCUCAUUUCCGCCCUGAGGUGAUGCGCAAGAUCCGGAACGUGCGUGAGGAGGAAAUCAAGAAGCUGCGCCGCUUGGACGAACAGGAGAAGGCGGAAGAGCGUAAGUUGGCGGCCGAGAAGAUCAAGAAGGAAGAGAGAGAGCGGGUACUUCGUGGCAUGAACGCCGAAGAGCAGCGCAAGUACCUUGACCGUGAGCAGCAGAAGGAGCAAAGACGGUCUAUGAAGAGGUACACCAAGCGCGCAUAG